AGACCAGCACCCCAACAUGGACCCUGCGUGCAAUUGGGAAGGCAUUAGUGCCAAAGGGCCACGAUCCAGCUUGCUGGAAGGAAACCUGGGGACAUCUGUAAGGAGAGGAAUAGGAAGGACCUGAGGAGAAACAGUAAAGGAGGGCGUUAUAGAUCCUUUGGAGCCAAGGACUAGAACUGACUUGCAAGACCUCUACCAAUGAGGGGUUUCAUGAGCACACUCCUUUGCCAAGAUCUUGGUGAAUAAUCUUUUACCAUGUUUUUGUGUCUUGGACAUUGUUUUACUUGUUAUCAUGAUCAUGCUUGGCUGGAUGCUUUUUGUUGCAUUUGCAUGUUACAUGGGCACAUUUCUGGAGUUCACUCCUCCAACUCUGAAGUGGAAAGGGAAGUGGCCUGAGGAGAGCAAGGCACAACUGAGGACCCAGGCUUUGGAUGAAGAACCGCAACUAUGAGAACCAUGUGGAAGGGAUAUAAGUAUCCCCCAGUAAGGACCCUGGUGGAAAUAAGCAAAGAUGAUCCUGGUAAAGCAGGAUCAGAUUACAAAAAUAAAUAAUUUUUUUUUUAAAUGGUAAGGAUAAUGAGAGACCUAGACUUUGGAAUCAGCACUGAAAUGGUGAGAGGGCAGAGGUAGAGGGUGUUAAAUGCCAAGUCAAGAUGAGAUAGAACCUGUGAAACAGCUGCAUCCAUGCCAAGGAUGCCUGAGCACUACAGAGAAAGCAGAAAGAGGGGGAAAGUGGACAUUUUUGAACAUCAACUAUGUGCAACACCUUGCUAGAUUCUUUACAUGCAUUAUUUAAUUUGAUCUUCACAAUCCAGUAAGGUCAGUAGUGGUGUCCCACUUCCCAGAGGAAGAAACAGACUGGGAAGACAAGUACUUUGUCCAAAAUCACACCAGGACUCAGACUCAGACUGUGUAACUUCAAAAUGUGUGCACUUUCCUUGGCACAGUGUACUUCAGAAAGGUAUGUAUCCAACCAGAACACUGCCAAGGAAUCCAAAGCAGUUAUGAGGUUAAAAAAAGAAGUGGUAACUACCUUUCUGAGAACCUGGUAUUUAUCCUCUAUUGAAGAAGGACGAGGGGGCGCCUGGGUGGCUCAGAUGGUUAAGCGUCUGCCUUCGGCUCAGGUCCUCAGGGUGCUGGGAUCGAGCCCCACAUCGGGCUCCUGGCUCAGCGGGGAGCCUGCUUCUCCCUCUCCUUCUGCCUCUCUCCCUGUUCAUGCUCUGUCUCUCUCUCUCUCUGUAUCUCUGUGUCUCAAAUGCAUAAAUAAAAUCCUUUAAAAAAGAAAAAGGACAAGGACUGAAAAAAGCUGUGGCUUUGGCAAUUAGGUGGUUGUAGGUGACCUUCAAGAAAGCAGUUUUUUUAGGAUGAUAAGUAUGGAGACCAGAUUGCAAGGACAACUACAGUAGACAGUUGUGAAGAUACUAGACGUAGACAUGUUGACCACUCUUUCCAAUUUGGUUGGCAGAAGAGGAGAGGGAAGCGAUUAUAACCCUAUAUGACAUGGUAAAUCUUCAGAAGACUUCUCAAGAUAGUGGAGGCUUGGGCUUGUUGGUGGCAAGGAGCAAGGAAAUGUUAGGUAGAGCACUUUGGGGAGUACUAAAGAUACUGGGUAACUGGCAGGAUGAGGUCCAUGAAGAAACUGGGAAUGUUAUCAAAGGAAAAUUUGCCUAUUAAUUUUUCUUCUCAAACCCCUUUCACCCACCUCUCCCACAGUUUCCUUCACAUGUUUCUCUCUCCUUGCCUUAAAUGUAUUAUUUGCUAACAUUUUGCCUUCUUAAUUUCAAAAGUGAAUGAACCAAACCUUGUAUAUUUCUCCUUCCAAAAGUCCAUGUUAGUAUUAUUGAUUUAUUACUUGCUCUGAUUGAGUCUUACCCUGCUCCACUGCAGGUCCUAGGAGAAUUAAGUGUAAGGCAGCAUUUCUAAGCUUGACCUAUAUACAGCCAUUAUGUUUAAUUCUGGUGACUAACUUUUUUUCAUAUUCAUGAAUUUUACCUUCCCUGCCUUCUCAUCUUUCAUGACCCACAAAUCAUUCCUAGGGCCAUAUGCAUGUACUUCACACACACACACACACACACACACACGUUUCUACAUGAAAAUAAGAGACUUCCCAUUGUUCUAGAAAUUGUGUUUGGACAAUACAUAAGCAGUACUAAACCAGGAAAGAUGUCUACCAUAAGUGAGGUGAAUUUGAAACUGUUUCCUUACCAAAACAUAAUCUCCUUCAGCCAAGGGUAUUGUUUAGAUUACUUUUGUCUCCCUAGUGCCAAACAUUCAAUCUGGCACUUAGUACUCAGUAUUUAUAGAAUAAAUCCAAUGAAUGAAUGGAUAGGAACGACUUAAAUAAAUCGUUGUUGAUGUUAUGGACUUAAACAUAGAAUUGGUAGCACUGGUAAAAUGGCUUUGCACAGGAAAAAACAAAAAUCGUUACUUACUAUAAUGAGUGAAAGGAAGGACAGUAACCCUGUGUCUCUGUAAUGAUUCAUAUUUUCCAGGGUGGUUAUGGUCUGAUAAGGGUAUGACUAUUUAGCCUAAAAGGAAUCGCUACUUUUAACCAAAUCUAGCAUUGCUUUUUUGCAAAUAGAUUGUUAAAAAAUCUUUAAUGAAAUUAAUGAAAAACAGUUAGAGCUAGAUGUAAAUGUGACAUUGUUUUUUUUAACUCCUAUAAUUAUAAAAUUAGUGAAUAUUUAAAUUUUUUAAAUGUUUCUUUGAUUGAAAAACUUGAUUCCAAAUACUGCUUUUCUCUUACCUUCCAUGGACUUUAUCUUUUAUCUUCUGUGGACUGAUAAAAUAGAAGAAUUGGUUAAAGAGCAGUUAAUUACCAAGUAUGUAUGGUAUUGUACUAAAUCUUUUAUUUAUCUGGUACAUCACAGACAGAAUUCUGGAGAAUUCUUUGAAUGUUUUACAUGUUGGUAUUUGUUGAAUUGGAAGCAUUUAUCAAAUAUUAAUGGAUCCUAAUGGAAAAUUUUACUCUAGAGGCAAACGCUUCCUUUAACUAGUUUUAUGAAUGUAUUUUAUUAACUAGUCUUGCAAAGUUGAAUGAAAGUUUUAAGAAGAAAUGAUUAUUCCCAUGUGUAUCGAGUUUGUUAAAUUCAAGAUCCUAAUCACCUAGUGUGUUUUUCCUCUGUUGUCUUUAAACACUUCCGUUUAGAUUGUUUAUUAUAGAGGCUUAACACCUUUUUAAUAUUCUUCCUGCCGCUGACUUUUCUCAUUCUGAUAGUUCUAGUUAACUAUAAAGUCACUUCUUGGAGGCAAAAUUCAAAUGCUUCCAUUUUACUCCUUGUCUAAAUAUUUUUUACAAAGCUUUAGAGAAGAUUUUAAGGCCAAAGGGUAAAAUGAGGCUUGAUGUUCUAUUAUUGCUGUUUGUGUUGUUCCACUAUGCAUUUUGAAUGAGGAGUUUGAGAGUUGGCUUUCUGUCAUUUUAGUACAGCUAGAAAAGGUAUACUCUUGUCUUAAAAGACGAGGCAUAUCAAAAUAUACACAAGGUUUAAUACUGAAAAUUCCACUGGAGCAAAAAUACUUGAGAAACUACAACAAACUGCUUGGUGAACACCUGCAAUUACUGUGGAAAUGAAAUCAUGUUAUAGUAACUGAAUUGCCUGUACUAUUUCAGAGUUCCAUUUAUUUACAGAUUUUUCUUUCCAUUGAGUUUUUCAACCCCCCCCCGCCCCGUCAUGAUGUUGUUCGUCAUAUGGAGGUUUUUAAUUACAGUGAGUGGCAAAUCAGCUGCACUGCAAAAAUGUUUUGUAAGAAUAAAGCAGUCACCAGGUUAUAACUAGUAUUCUUAUGGUUUCAUUGCAGAGAAAAAUGUUGCUCAUCUGAAAACAGAUUUACACACUUUUCACAUGUUCCCAAUUCCUAAAACUAUAAAAUUAAAUGCCACUAAUUCUCUGCAGCUAAGGUUAUACAUUAAGAUAUAUGGUUAUGCAGUUGAUCCUUGAAUGUAGUGGGGGCUGGGGCACUGACCUCCCCCCCCCAGUCAAAAAUCCACAUGUAACUUUUGACUCCCCCUAAACUUUACUAAUAGCCUGUUGUUGACUGGAAGCCUCACCAAUAACAUAAACAGAUGAUCAACACAUACUUUGUUAUACGUAUUAUAUAUACUGUAUUACUACAAUAAAGUAAAUUAUCAAGAAAAUCAUUAGGAAGAGAAAAUACAUUUAUAGUACUGUACUAUAUAUUUAAAAAAAAAAACUCCGUGUAUAAGUAGACCCAUGUAGUUCAAACCCAUGUUGUUCAGGGGUCAACUGUACAUUAAAAGUAGACGUAGGGGCAUCUGGGUGGCUCAGUAGAUUAAAUGUCUGCCUUCAGCUCAGGUCAUGAUCCCAGGGUCCUGGGAUCGAGCCCCGCAUCGGGCUCCUUGCUCCGCGAGAAGCCUGCUUCUCUCUCUUCAAUUCCCCCUGCUUGUGUUCCCUCUCUGGCUGUGUCUCUCUCUAUCAAAUAAAUAAAUAAAAUCUUUAAAAUAAAUAAAAAAUAUAUGUAUGUAUGUAUAUAGAAGUAAAGGAAUGCCUGGGUGGCUCAGUCGGUUAAGCAUCUGCCUUCGGCUCAGGUCAUGAUCUUGGGGUCCUGGGAUCAAGUCCCGCAUUGGGCUCCCUGCUGAGCAGGGAGCCUGCUGCCUCUGCCACUCCCCCUGCUUGUGCUCUCUCUCUCUCUCUCUCUGACAUUUUUUAAAAAAUCUUAAUAAAUAAAUAAAUAAAAGGAGUAAAGAUAUGUAUUCUUUCCUCAAGGGAAAAAAAAUGCACAUUUGGAAAAAAAAGAACUUCUUAUGUAAUUGGAAGGAAUAUAUAAACUCUUAUAUCUGAGAUUAAGAUGAGGAAGUAGAGUCAGCAAAUGUAGAUUUCUCUGUUGAGAAACUUAAUCAUAAGGGUAGGAGAGAGAUUGAACAAUUUGUUUUGAAAAGACACUUAAGCAUGUUAAUAGGGUGUGGAGAAGGAGCCAGUAAAGAAAAAUAAUCUGAAAUUGAGAAUGAGAUGGAGGGGCGAUAUAUACCAUGGAACAGGGUCCCGGGGGAGGCACAAAGAAAUGGGACCAUGGUCACAGGCAGAUGGAAUAGCAUGAACAGGGGAAAACAACUACAUCGUCUGAGACUGGAAGCAAAUAAGUGAGGAAUAAUGUGGCUAUAGGUAAAUUUGUAAGUAGAAGGGAGAGAUUUUAAAUCAUGCCUGACAACUUCAUUUUUCAUGAAGUAGGACAUGAACUUGGUCGGGUAGAGAGUGAAAAUACUGGUAACAGAGUAGUCAUUAGGAGGAUCUGGAAAAGGCUCUGUGCCAAGGCCAGAGAAUAUUGGCCAGAAGAGGCCAGAGAUCGUGGAUUUGUAGCGGUAGCAGUCUCCUUCCUCCCACUGCCCUCCCCGCAGGGAUUUGUAGCCAUCCUGCUUGUGGCUGUGCAGAAAGCAGCUCGUGGCACCGAUGCCAGCUUGUAGCUGUCGUGACUAGGGAAGCUAAGACAAGGAGGCAGGAGAUUCAGACGAGUGCCGGUAAAAGAGUAAUUCAAGAAAUCAGCACAAAUAUAAUUGGUAAAGGAUAAUGGAGUUAUCUUAGGAAGGAUAUUAGUCAUUCCAAUCAAACAUUUCUUGUGUGCCUCUUCCCAAAGUGUACCUUCAGCUCCGACAUUUCUCUUAGGUUGCAGACAAAACUGUAUUUUUUGUUGGGCAUCUCCAUUUGGAUAUUCCUCAGGCAGUUCAAAGUCUCAAAUCUGAGUUGAGUUCAUCUUUGGAAAGUCCCCUAUUUCUUUUGGUGACAUUUCCGUCUUCCUAAUUAUCCAGAGUUGAAAGCCGACUUGUCGUUGGUGCUUCUCUUGUCCUUAUCCCCCCUAUCUAGUCAAUGCUAAGUCCUGCCUUUGUGACUUCUCUUACCCAGGGGUCUGUCUCCUUUCCCAGUGCUGCUAACUUACAUCAGGCUUUCAUUACUUGCCUAGACUGCUGCAAUUAGAGCCUUCUCAAACAGGUCUCCUAGCCAAGUGUCUCUUCCUUCAACUUAGUCCAUCCUUCCUCCAGCUUUAACAAAAAUCUCACUAAAGCUUAAUCCUGAUUAGGGCAGGCCUUUAUUCAGAAACCUAGUGAUGCCCCACUUCUACUAUGUAAUUUUGCUUGAAAUUGAAGGUUCUCUUAAAGUGGUCCAACCUGCCUCUCCAACUUACUCUCUUGUUUUCUUACAUUGUGUCCACUGUUUCCCCCACAGACAUCUUUGUUAGCACUCUGAACUGUGUUUAAAAUGCCAAUUGCCUUUUCAUAUCUAUCUGUCCUAGUCUUCAAAGCCCAGUUCAAAUGUUGCUGCCACCUUAGAAGUAUUACUUAACCUCUCAGAGGUAGAAAUAAUGACUUCCUUGAAUAAAUUUCUGUAGAUGAGACCAUUCUUUUUUUUCCCCCAAAGAUUUUACUUAUUUGACAGAGAGAGAGGGAACACAGCAGUGGGAGAGGGAGAAGCAGGCUUCUGGGAUCAUGACCUGAGCCGAAGGCAGACGCUUAACGACUGAGCCACCCAAGCGCCCCUAGAUGAGACCAUUCUUUGGGACUCUAUUACCUUCAGCUUUGUUACAUAGCUGUUUGUGCAAAGAUUUCAUUUCCUUUGCUAUUUGGUUUCUUCGAACUGUGUAGGUAACAAGUAUAACACAUAGUCAGAACUACUCAAAUGUAUUCAGUUGAGGAAUUUACAGUGGUUCUCAACACUCAUUGUUCAUUGGAAUCACAUAGGAAGUUUUUUAAAAAUACCAAUACCUGAUUCAGAGAUUUCAAUUCAUUGGUCUGGGGGUGGGGCCUGGACAUAUGUAGUUUUUAAGUUCCACAAGUGAUUGUAAUUUGUAGAGACAGAAUUCAGAACCACUGUCUUUAAUUCUGGGGCAGUUAUUAGUGUACCAGAGCUAUGCUAAAUCAGUUGAUUUGUCUGUGUCUGCUAGGAUUUGCUUGCUUUAAGGCAGUUCUUAGCUUUCUUCUAAAGUCUUCUUUAGUUAAUGGUGUUGGAAGGUGCUUUUUGGCUGUCAGAAAAGAUGAAUUAGAAACAAUAGACUUGUCAGUUUUCAUUAGCACAUUUUAUUUUGUAAUGAUAGAUUUCAGAAAUUUGAAGAACAUAUACAAGUGGGCCUUUGAAAUCAUAAGGUAUACUCAGUUCUUAAAAUUAAUCAGAUAUGUGAGCUUGUGUGGUAUAGUGGUUAAAAGUGUGGACUAGUGGGAGUACUUCUGGGUUAUUUGCUCAUCUCUUACUGACUGUGUGACCUUAAGAAAGUCACAUCAGUCACAAAGCCUCACCUUGGAGUUCACACUUGCUGCAACUUCACAGAAAGGUUAAAGACCAACUAAGUCUCAUAAAGGGGGAAAAAAAAUCUUUUUAUAAAUUUGGAAAUCACUGAAGUUUCAUAUAUUUGACUCAGAGGUUGAGAUCCUGCCACAAAGGGAACAACUGGGAAAAAGAACUGGCAUUUCUUCAAGGGAAACAAAUUCAUUUACUCCCAUUUAGAAAGCCACCCACUACCCCUAUUAAAGUAUCUGAAUUCCUUGUCAGUUGUAAAACCAUGUUUACUCUCUACAUAAAAACAACAUCAACAGCAGUUGAGGAAAGUGCCACAAGGUGGUUAUCUCUGCACAUGAGCCAGUCCGUGUUGAUGGAUGGAAAAAGAAAAGCUGUUCCUCAGGGUGGCUUUUUUGGUUCUUUCCCUGUGCCCAAGUGUGUUUUGUCACUUCAGGGAGGAAGUCAGGGGCCACAGAUGACACAAAUGUUUUUAGAGAAUCACUGACAGAGUUGAAUAUUCUUCAUUCUCCCCAGUAAGAAACAAGCAAGGUGAAAAAAGAGUUACGUUAAACAUGAAAUCCUAAUUACUAACAUGCUAAGGAGCCCUGAAGUAGACCGAUAAAAUUCCUUGUCAAAGUUUAUACUAGUAAAUUUUUUUAAAUCUGAGAGAUAACAUUUUGCAAAAUGUCUUGGGUUUGUGUGAGCCCUCAAAUUUCUGAAAAUAGAUGACAUUUUGACCCAACGUGUUACAAACUGGUCACAGCUCUCUUUUGUUUCAGUUUUGAGUGUGUGUAUGUACAGACAGAGGUGUUCUGGUUUAAUCCUUUAUCAUUUAGCAUUUGAAGGGAAGAUCCCAACUCAUUUUUUAGAAGAUAAAGUAUGGGUGAAGUGACAAUUGUUACCGCAGGAAGAAAGGAGUAACAAGACUUGAUCGGUAAGCAAGAUGCCUUUGUGAUAAAGGUGUCCGCUUUUAGCACUGUUCUUAGCCUUUGUGACCCUGGAUAAAUCCCUUACCCAGUCCAAAGCCUGAGAUACAGUCACCUGUCAAAAGGACACUUGCUGGAUAGGUUGAGACUAAAUCCCACUUGAGGAAACAAAGUGGUGGAAUAGCCUUAUAAAAUAAGACUAUGCAGCUAAACCUCCACUUUUCGAGUCUGCACUUCCCCUGGCCAUUAUUGGUAAAGAUGCCUCAUCUGUCCUAGAGGACUUUUGUUUUUUGUUUAUUCGAAGCCCCCCAAGUGUCAGGUAUUGUAGUAUCUGUUCUGUUCUAACUGGUAAAGUGACAAGCCUAGUGCCUGUGCAUGCUGCUUACCUUCUCCUUCCCAGCACUAACUUCUGAAGGAUCAGAGAGUGAGUGUUUAAAAAUUUCUUUAAAGCCCAGCAUUAUCUUUUAGCAGCCUUGCAUGUUCAUCACCUUUAUGCACGGUAAUCAGCAGAACAGGUUUCCCUACUGCAACAGAACUCUGUGUGAACCCAGUCAUUUCUCAAAUCUGAUAGGUACAGAAAAGUAUGUGGCUUUUCACUUCCUGUCCCUUCCUCCAACCCCAAACCAAAGAGAAGCAUGCUUUCUGAUGACAUUUAUUCACAUAGACGUUCUCACAGCUCGCUCUUCUCUUGAGGCUGUGUUGACUUUGAGGAGUGUCGUUCAGUGUCAUUUUACAAUAGCCCACUGUUUGUGAUUCUGUGAGCUUGGAAAUCAACAAUAAAGACUCAGGAAACUCUAGAAAUUGUUGCUUUUCUUCUAGUUUUGAGGGCAAGGUUGAAGGAUGUCUGUGCUAUAUCAUUUCAGGCAAGUGCCUACAUGAUCUUUACACAGAUUACCCAGAUGAUUCAGGGAAGGGUAAUCUGGACUGUGCUGUGAUUUCCAGUGUCCAGGAGCUGCAUUAUGUAUUCUCCAGGAGGAAUGAGUGCAAUGAGCGAGGCAGUAGGGACCACAAUGGGGAAGGCCUUGUAAAAAUCCAGGUUCAUGACCGACUUUGAUCGCACUACAGGACAUGGAUAACAGAGUUCCCUCGAUUGUUUAGCUCUUCUUGCUCACUAAAUCACAGCUUUAACUCUUUAUAUAGCUUUCACAGUUGAUAGGACACAAACCAGGCACUCACCCAAUUAUAGGUGACUUCUCAGACACAAACGUUUGUGCAGCUCUAAAUCCUUGGACAUAAUAUGGGUUUUUUUUUAAAUGCCAAUUUUUAAUUAGAAAUCUCUCUCGUUUCAGUUGUCAGACUUUGAAAGUCCUCUCACUGCUGUGCAUAAUUCCUGUUAACCAGAUGUUUGAUAGCUCAGUGAUAACAAAUGGAAGGUGCUGGUCCUAACCUGACUUACAUUCUCUCCUUUUGAGCUGUAGCGUAUGUGGAGCGGUCAGCUAAAUAAUGGUCUUACCAAUAAGAUGCGGCAUGCACUUGACUUUUUUGCUUUUGUUGUCAUACCAUUUACCAUAUGGUAAGGAACUAGUUACAUAAGGCUG